AUGAGAAACUACACGGAAAUAACAGAGUUUAUCCUCCUGGGAUUGUCUGACGACCCCCAGCUUCAGGUGCUGAUCUUCGUCUUCCUGCUCAUCACCUACAUGCUCAGCAUCACUGGCAACCUGACCAUCAUCACCCUGACCUUGCUGGAUUCCCACCUCCAGACCCCCAUGUAUUUCUUCCUCAGGAACUUCUCAUUGUUAGAGAUUUCCUUCACAACUGUCAGCAUACCCAAGUUCCUGGGCACCAUGAUUACAGGAGAUAAAACCAUUGCCUUUAAUGAUUGUAUGACUCAGCUAUUUUUUUUCAUCCUCUUGGGAGUCACUGAGUUUUACCUUCUGGCCGCCAUGUCCUAUGACCGUUACAUCGCCAUCUGCAAACCCCUGCAUUAUAUGACCAUCAUGAAUCCCAGAGUCUGCAUACUCCUUGUCUUUGCUUCAUGGCUGGCUUCAUUCUUAAUCAUAUUCCCAUCACUCAUGCUGUUCAUUCAGCUUGAUUACUGUAAGUCCAAUGUUAUAGACCAUUUUACCUGUGAUUAUUUCCCCUUACUACACCUUUCUUGUUCAGACACAAAUUUCCUAGAGAUGGUGGGUUUUUCCUGUGCUGUGUUUACUCUAAUGUUCACUUUGGCAUUAAUAAUUCUGUCCUACAUAUAUAUCAUCAGAACAAUUUUGAGGAUUCCUUCUGCUAGUCAGAGGACAAAGGCCUUUUCCACCUGUUCUUCCCACAUGAUUGUCAUCUCCAUCUCCUAUGGCAGCUGCAUUUUCAUGUACAUUAAUCCAUCAGCCAAAGACAGAGUGUCUCUGAGCAAGGGAGUUGCUGUGCUAAAUACCUCGGUGGCCCCCAUGCUGAACCCCUUUAUUUACAGCCUAAGGAAUCAGCAAGUCAGGCAAACCUUCACGGAGAGGGCAAGGAAGAUUCUAUUUUUACCAAAGAAAUGA